GCCUUGUCCAUAUUACUAGGUACCUAGGUAGGUAGGUAGUUAUCCUCCCCCUUUCCUCAUCAUGUCUGUCUUGACGGACUUUCUUCUCUCUACCUACCCAGGCCUUGAAUAGAUCUCUCAAACUUGUCAAAGUUGUGAUAAAUCCCACGCUUCGCCAUAAUACUUGAGACCUCGCGUACCUUACCUUCAUCACAUACACGUUUAAGAAUUCAGAGUCAAAUCUCAAACUAGCCUAUACUUAGCAACUAUGGCGACCACUACCAAGCCGACAAUCAUUAUUAUCCAUGGCGGUUGGCAUGUCCCCGAAAGCUACGAGGAUCUUAUAACCGCUCUUGAGUUAGCGGGCUACGAGGUUCACGUCCCGCGCCUCCCGUCAAUCAACCAGGUCCGCCCACCUAACGCCGACCUCUCAGACGAUACAGCACUCAUUCGCAGCUACGUUGAGAGCCUUGUGCGGGCCGGACGUACUGUUGUGGCACUUACGCACUCGUAUGGCGGACAAGUUGGUACCAACGCUCUAUAUGGUCUAGGCCUCGAAGCACGAUCCUCUAAAGGCCUCAAGGGAGGGGUUUCCCGUCUCAUCUACAUGACCGCAUAUGCUGGCACUGAAGGCACUAGUAUGAUGGAUAAGGUUAAAGAGUUCGGCAAUAUGGACCUAGUACCAAUAGCCUUUGAUUUUGCUGAGGAUGACACUGUUGUCUCCCGCGAUCCUAAGACUCUGGUCGUGGGUCCUGGCCGCGAUGAGGCUGAAACUGAAGCCUAUCUCAAGACGCUUCAUCGCUGGAACGGAAAAUGCAUGUACCAACCGCUCGAGCAUUGUGCUUGGCGCGACAUCCCCGUAACUUAUAUUUACACUACUGCCGACAUGACCGUACCCUUCGACUACCAGAAGACUUUUGUUGACACAAUCGAGAAAUCAGGGAAUAAAGUGCAGACUUUCGAAUUGGCGACAGGCCAUUGUCCCAACUUCACCGCGACUCAAGGUGUUGUGGACGUGAUCAACAAAGCCCUCUCGGGUUGAGAAAGCUGGGAAAUCACGGGGCCGCUUUUUAAUAUCUAUAUGACCAACGCGAUGUAUGAGAUAAAGGGAUAUGUAUUCAAGUCUAAAUAAGUUCUAGAUGAAUAGUGACUAAAGUGAAUUGACUCCGCCUUCUACUCCGUGCUAAACGCUAGAAGGUAUCUAUCAUGACGAAGGACGCGGAGUCGGGAAAUGACGAUAAUACACGGAUCUAGCACACCAAAGAAAUCA